CGCAGUGAAGUCACCUCCCUCUGUCCUCAGCCGAGGACGCACAGCGCUACAGGAGAAACAUGUUCAUUAAGUCGCUACUGAGGAUUUCGCAACUUUAAGUCUGCUGACACACGAAGGACAAACAUUUCCCACAGACUUUCCUUUUAAAAUGGCCAAACAGAACUCCUGUCAUUACAAUGAGACGAUGAAGUUCUUUUACAACAAGAGUGGAGGUGACGAUAAAUGGGACACCACUCAGCUCAUCCUGGUCCAGGUUGUGGGCUCCAUCUUCUGCUGUUUCAUCCUGGUCUCCAAUGUUAUGGUCAUAGCUGCUGUCAUUACCAAUAAAAGGUUUCAUUAUCCUUUCUACUAUCUCCUUUCCAACCUGGCUGCCUCGGACUUCCUCGCAGGGAUAGCAUACGUGUACCUCAUGUUCAACACGGGGGAGGUGUCACGGCAACUUACUGUCACUGGUUACUUCAUCCGCCAAGGUCUUCUAGACAUCAGUCUCUCAGCUUCACUGGCAAACCUGUUAGUCAUAGCUCUGGAGCGUUACAUAUCUGUCAUGAGCUGGAAAGUUCAUAGCAACCUGACGAAGAGGAGGGUGACCCUGCUUAUUGUGCUGGUGUGGGCCAUUUCCAUCUUCAUGGGGGCUGUGCCCAGUCUGGGCUGGAACUGUAUCUGCAACCUGAACACGUGCUCCAAGCUCGCUCCCAUCUUCAGCAGGAGCUACUUGAUCUUCUGGUCUGUCUCUAACCUGGUGGUGUUCCUCAUCAUGGUGUCUAUCUACCUGAGAAUCUACGCCUACGUUAAAAAGAAGACUGCGAUGCUCAUGCCACACACCUCCGGCUCCAUCAACCGCAAGAGGACACCCAUGAAGCUCAUGAAGACGGUCUUGGUCGUGCUUGGGGCCUUUGUGAUCUGCUGGACUCCUGGCUUGGUGGUUCUGCUGAUGGAUGGCCUUAACUGUGAGAAUUGCCACGUCAUGAAGUUAAAACGCUGGCUCCUGCUCCUGGCUGUACUCAACUCUGUCAUGAAUCCCUGCAUCUACUCCUACAAGGAUGAGGAAAUGUGGGCAACUUUUAAGAACCUCAUGCGCUGCAUUGGCAACGGCACUCGUCGGCAGAGGUCAACAAAUGCCAACUCCAGGCCACUGAGCUCUGGGCACGACACGGGCAACAGCCAGCCCCCCUCAGAAGAGAUGAAGAACGAUGAGGGUAUACUCAAGAACUGAAAACUUUUUUCUUUUUUUUUCUUUUUUUUGAGAACAUCUGUCUAGAUCUGAAUGAUCUUUAUGAAAAGAGACUGGAGUUGACUUGAAAGAGAAGCUACAUGUGUCUCCAGUUGGUCUCAGUGGGUUGUGUUUGUCCUCAGAUUAAAAGCAGUCUCCUGAAGAGACAUUUCACGCCAACUCCUCCACUGCUAGAGUUGGUUAGAUGGAGAUAAGGGAUCUUCAUGCACUGCUGUUUCCCCUAAUGAAUGCAAACAAGCUGUUCUGUCAGGGUUUGAUCAUUUUUGGACACAUACCUCCCAUUCUUCCAUAAUGGGAAUCAUCCUGUGUUUUUUUCUUUUUUUAUCAUAUCCUCUGAGUUACGUAAGCGCGGGUGACGCUGCACUCGAAUGGCUGAUUAAAACAAGUCGGCGUGGCGUACACGGCUGUACAUUUCCACUUUAAACCUGAGAGGGAGUAAACCAAACGAAGUGUGACAUCACUAUGAUAUUCUGUAUAUCUGCAUGAAUCUUCCUGUAAGUUCACUUCCUGGUUAGCUUUUAAGGAAUCCUGUCGUGGAAGAAGAGUGACAUUUUUUUCCAAGUCGGGCACUGUAAAGCUGUGGCUUAGCUUGGGCAGGACGCAGUUUUAUGUUUAUUUUAUGCUUUCAAUAGAUCCAGCAAAGCAUUCUUGAAACUAUACUGUGCAGAAAAUAUGUACUUGGUGUGAGAUGUAAUUUCAGUCAUUUCUUGUUGAGUAGUUUGGCCUCUGGUGAACAGUCUGUCUCCUUUUUUCAGUUCACCUGUAAAACUAUGACCUGCAGCAAAUCACGCAGACAGACUUGUUGUGUAACUUUUCUUUAUUCAAACAUCCGUUUCAGCUUGCUGAGUGGCUGAUGCUGCUCUGAUGAAACAGCUGGUCACCAGUAAAAGAGCUGUAAAAUGAUGUUGCAACAAACUGGAUUCCAGCUGAAGGUUUGGCAUACAGUGGGCACUCAGGACCUGAAGAGGAUAUGACUGAAUAGACUGUACCUCCCUUUGCAAACACAAGCCCCUGCAGGCUGAUUAGGAAAACUUCCUGAUCAAAUCUAAACCACUGACUGGGCUCAAACGACUUUUCUUUGGUUGUAAAGUAUUUAUGCCAUGUCUGUAAAUUGAGAGACAAGUUAGUGGAGACGUUUACACCUUCUGUGGUUUGUUUGUUAAGCUGAGAUGACCUGUGUUCCUGUGUAGUUUUGGACUUUUAAAGCCAUAAAACUUUGAUGUCUUUUUAAAUAUCUUUGGACAUUCUUUUUCUUUAAUAAGCAAAUAUAAGAAUGUGUACAAUAUUUCUUUUAUGACAUCAUAUAGAAACCUUAAGUUAAUUCCAGAAGAAUAUGUAAAAUAUAUACAUUUUUAUAUCUUUCAGCAUUUGUUAUAUUUCUUAUUUAGGCUCAUGGAAAUAUUACUUGAUUGGUUGGUCAGUGUGUUUUUGCUUCAGCUUCAUUUCCAGAGGACUAAUGGUGGUGAAUAGCCCCCCCCCGCCCCCCCAUCAGCUUGUCAUAAAGUUGGCUGCUGGGAUUCAUUUCCUACUCGUGAUCAGUUGUCAUACUGUAACUUUCAGACUUUUCAGCUUGACUAUAGUCUUGUUAAAUGUUGCAUACACCACUCAUUUGGCACCCACACCAGUCAAAACAAACCACGCAAUGCUUGAAAAUCCAGUUUGACUGAAGCAAGUUGUCUAGGGAUGUUAACUAAGAUGAUCAAUGCUAAGUGAUGACUGAUUAUAAUACUAUAAACCUUUACUGAAUUUAUUGCACUGAGAAGAACCGCUAAAAGGAUCGUCUGUAGUCAGCAGCUAAUGAAGUACCGCAGCUUGAGAGCACUUUGGGAUGAUUUAUUCUGUUCAGGCUAUUUGAUGGGCCUCAAGCACUAUACGCUUUCAGUCAAUUAUAUUAUUGGCCAAAGAGUCUGAUAAAAAUAAUUAAAUCCUGUGUGGAUUGCACUGUAAAAAUGGGACAAUCUGAAUUCAGUAUAGAUUUAGUCAGUUAACAGUAAUCAGUAAAUGCAGGCUGAAGUAAGAGUGAACUAUUCAAACCCACUCUCUAGAUUUCUGUGCAUAUAGAUGUAAAUGUCUUUCUUUCCAAAGUAAACGCUGUAUACUGCGUAUUAUGGAUGUUGUUCUUGUUCUUGUUCUCCCCCUGUUUAAGUGUCAGGUCUCCUCUCUAAUUUACAAAAAUCAACAUGCUUGAAAUAAAGCCUAUUGUUUACUCUUAGCAACCACAAACCCACAGCCAUUUUAAUUUUUCCACAAGCUGGAUGUACGGUUUUUACUGCAUUAAAAUCCUUUCAAGCUUUAAAACCUCAUACGGCGGUCUGAAUGUAUUGCCCUAUGCAGAAGCAGAAGAGGUACAUGUAUAGCCCGUCUCUGGUUGUAAAUGACAUCCAGUUUCAUUUCAGUUGUUGAGAUAUGGCUUGACUCGGGUCAUGUGGUUUGCAUGUAGAUGAUGCUGCAUGGCGGCGCACAUUGUAUGACCAAAGCAGAGGCCUCUGUAGAUCUGUAAUUCCUGCUGACUGGCACGCUGGUUUAACCUUCUGAAAAACAUGAACUGUUAACUGCGUGGUGUGGCAGUCUUUUUCUACAGCUGUGCUGUAAUUAUGCCUUCUUGAAAAGCCAAUUAAAUUUCACAUAUGUUCAGAAA